UCUUGGAAGACAUUCGGACCUGCCUUGUGCUCCGUCGAAGAUCCGACCGUCUCCGUUCAGGUGUUUCCAGCAUUUAGUAGCGUUAAAUACUUCAAUACAAGCUAUUAUUGUGUUUAUCUUCUUUGCUGUUAGUAAAAAAAAAUUCAGUUUUUUGUUUACUUUAGCUUCAAUUUGAUCUUCCAGCCCUUUGUUUAAAAAUACUCUAACCCUGAGACUAAGAGAAAUGGAUAUCUCAAGAAAUAGCAAGCGGAGGGCCUUGGAUGAUAGAUUUAUUAACUUGCCAACGGAUGUUUUAAACUGCAUCCUAGAUCACUUGCCUGUUCGAGAUGCAGCAAGAACAAGUAUUUUGUCUAGAAAAUGGAGAUACAUAUGGGCUGCUCACCCGAAUCUUGAACUUGAUCCCAAGGAUAUAGUCACUGUCACCAAAAAUGAUUUUGUUGGAAUAGGCAAUCGAAUUCUCUUACAGCAUAUUGGGCCCAUUCUAACUUUUUAUGUCGACCUUUCAGAUGUACACAUGUCACAGUACCCAAACAUUGAUCUAUGGAUACUAUACUUGUCAAGAAAUGGAUUGAGGGAAUUCACAGUGGAGAAUUCCAGUCGUGAUCUCUAUACGCUUCCCUCUUAUGUAUUCUUGUGUCAAGAACUUAUAGAAUUGGAACUGUCUAACUGUAUCUUCAAACAACCAUGUGGUACUAUAAGAAGCUUUCAAAAUCUCAAGGUGCUUUUUUUGAUUGAAGUUGCUUUCAAGCCAGAGGUUUCUGCUUCUAUCUUUACUGCAUCAAAGCUUAAAACUUUGCACAUAGAAAAGUGCAGUGGUAUGGAUCACUUGAACUUUGAUGGCUGUUCACCAUCACUUUCCUCCUUGAUACUUUACAAGAAUCACGGGGUUAAACUGAGUUGUUUUAUGAAUUGCAAAAGUAUUACAUAUGCAAAGCUUGUAUUUCCAAUGGAAGUUAAAUCUUUUGGCCCUGGUAAGAGGAUCAAUUUAGCAAGCUUGUUUAAACACUGGCCUUUAAUUUCAAACCUUUUUUUGGAUGGAUACCAUCUCAAGGUACAAUCUCUUUUAAGAUUUUCUAUUCUUAUUUCCCGAACAAUGUGUUUAGGUUGCAUUAUUAUUUUUCUCUGUGCUGGUAAGCUUUUGGCUGCAGACUCUAUUACGAGUACACUUCCAGUUAAAGUCAACUACUUGAGGGAUCUUACAGUAUAUGGAAUUUGCUUUACCAAUCUGGUACAAAUCUCCUGCAUCCUUUGCUUGCUUCACAGCUCUCCUACAGUGCAUAGCCUUGAAAUUUUGAUGAGCGUUCUGACGGUGUCUGCGGACAACAACCUAGUUUUAAAGUAUUUGCAAGAACGUAGUUGCAUGGGUGAGGAUAUUAACAGUUUGCGGGAUUUGAAGAUGAAAUAUUUCCAGGGGUCGAGAGCUGAAAUGCUUUUUGUAAAGCUAAUACUUGCGUGCUGCCCGGCCCUAGAAAGGGUUACUUUUGUGGACAAGGAAGUAGAGCCCUCGGAGGUCUCUAAUAUUUUGAAAGAGUUAGUGGUAUUCCCUCGAGCUUCAAGGAAAGCACAAAUCAUAUUCUGAACUUGUGACUAAAAUUAUGUGGUUAAAAUUUUCAGUUUCGCAGUUUGAAAUUAUGUUGGAUUAGUUCGAAAUAGGUACCAUCCCAUGUAUGAAGUUCCUUAUUUUCUUAUAUUGAUUUUCGUUGUUGUCUU